CCGGCCUUGUCAGGGUGAAGCACUUCUGCGUGAUUUUAGCCCAAAGGUGCUCUGCACUGCCUUGAUUUCUAUGGAGACCACUCAGCCGGUGUGGCUUCUGGGGACACGGCGUCUUGCGUCCUCUCUCCCUGCCCUCUUCACCUCCACCUGCAGCUCAGCUUCGCCCUGGGCCCGGGGGGCCUGUGAUGAAGGUGCGGAGAGAGCCCAGGGCCUCAUCCUCCUCGCCUGAGCAGCCAUGGCCCGGCACCCUCUCGGCCCCAUCUUUACAUGGCUCAAACCGUCACCGGAAGGCAAGUGCUAAGACUAAUGGCUGAUUUGCAUUUUAUUUAUAUUUGAUGGACUGGGGCUUUGGACAGUUUCCAUGGCAGAAAAAUUUCUUUCAUUUUCUAGGCACAGUGGCUGGCAGUCAGAGCCUGGCUGCCCUGGCACAGUGCAGCGGCGUCACUGACCGCAUCCCAGACGCGGUUCCAUGUGGGAACCUGUGCCCGUGAGAGAGUGCGUGGGAGACCCCGCGUUUUCUGACUUGAAGUUUGAGAAGCGCGAAGCUGUCUAGGCCAGCGGAGGUCUGGAGAGCAAUGCCGAGUCCCCGAGCAGAGAGAACAUAGGGCUGUGCUGAUUUAAAAACAGAAAAUGCAAAGCUGGACUGAAAAUAUCCUUAGUCUUCCAAGCAAUCUGCUGAAGAGUUCCAAACGUACCUUCGCUUGGUGAGCAGAGAAGCUGCCCUAUUUUCUCCCCUUCUUCCUUCUUUCACACCUGGAACCAGCCAUUUCCUGAAGCCACCACCAUGGAGGUGGCGAUGGUGAGUGCAGAGAGCUCAGGGUGCAACAGUCACAUGCCUUACGGGUACGCGGCCCAGGCCCGGGCCCGGGAGCGUGAGAGGCUGGCCCAGUCCCGGGCCGCCGCUGCUGCUGCCGUGGCCGCAGCCACCGCAGCCGUGGAAGGCACUGGGGGCUCAGGAGGAGGCUCCCAUCACCACCAUCAGGCCCGCGGGGCCUGCUCUGCCCACGACCCUCAGGGUGGCCAUGGCAGUCGCCGGAGGAGGCAACAGCGGCCUGAGAAGAAGAAGAAGGCCCCCCACAGGCAGAGCGGCUUCUCUCACUGCUCGGAUCUGAUGCCCAGCGGCUCUGAGGAGAAGAUCCUGAGGGAGCUGAGCGAGGAGGAGGACGAGGAGGACGAGGAGGAGGACGAUGAGGAGGACGAGGAGGAGGGCAGGUUCUACCACAGCGAGGAGGACCACGGCGACGAAUGCUCCUACACCGACCUGCUGCCCCAGGACGGCGGCGGGGGCGGCGGCUACAGCUCGGUGCGCUACAGUGACUGCUGCGAGCGCGUGGUGAUCAACGUGUCCGGCCUGCGCUUCGAGACCCAGAUGAAAACCCUGGCCCAGUUCCCAGAGACCCUGCUGGGAGACCCCGAGAAGAGGACUCAGUACUUUGACCCUCUGCGCAACGAGUACUUCUUUGACAGGAACAGGCCCAGCUUCGAUGCCAUCUUGUACUAUUACCAGUCGGGAGGGCGCCUGAAGAGGCCUGUCAACGUCCCCUUCGACAUCUUCACAGAGGAGGUGAAGUUCUACCAGCUGGGCGAGGAGGCCCUGCUCAAGUUCCGGGAGGAUGAGGGGUUUGUGAGGGAGGAGGAGGACAGGGUCCUGCCCGAGAAUGAGUUCAAAAAGCAGAUCUGGCUCCUCUUCGAGUACCCAGAGAGCUCCAGUCCUGCCAGGGGCAUCGCCAUCGUGUCUGUCCUGGUCAUCCUGAUCUCCAUCGUCAUCUUCUGCCUGGAGACCUUGCCCGAGUUCAGGGACGACAGGGACCUGGUCAUGGCGCUGAGUACCGGCGGUGGCGGGCACGGUGGGUUGUUGAACGAUACCACGGGGCCCCGUGGGGAGGACUCAGGGCACACGAUCUUCAACGACCCAUUCUUCGUCGUGGAGACCGUGUGCAUCGUGUGGUUUUCCUUUGAAUUCGUGGUCCGCUGCUUUGCCUGUCCCAGCCAGGCCCUCUUCUUCAAAAACAUCAUGAACAUCAUUGACAUUGUCUCCAUCUUGCCUUACUUCAUCACCCUGGGCACGGACCUGGCCCAGCAGCAGGAGGGCAGCAACGGGCAGCAGCAGCAGGCCAUGUCCUUUGCCAUCCUCAGGAUCAUCCGCUUGGUCCGGGUGUUCCGCAUCUUCAAGCUCUCCCGCCACUCCAAGGGCCUGCAGAUCCUGGGCCACACCCUGAGGGCCAGCAUGCGCGAGCUGGGGCUCCUCAUCUUCUUCCUCUUCAUCGGGGUCAUCCUCUUCUCCAGCGCCGUGUACUUUGCGGAGGCGGACGAGCCCACCACCCAUUUCCAAAGCAUCCCCGAUGCGUUCUGGUGGGCCGUGGUCACCAUGACAACCGUGGGCUACGGGGACAUGAAGCCCAUCACGGUGGGGGGCAAGAUCGUGGGGUCCCUGUGUGCCAUUGCGGGGGUCUUAACCAUCGCGUUGCCCGUACCAGUGAUCGUCUCCAACUUCAACUAUUUCUACCACCGGGAGACGGAGAAUGAGGAGCAGACGCAGCUGACACAGAAUGCCGUCAGCUGCCCCUACCUCCCUUCCAAUUUGCUCAAGAAAUUUCGGAGCUCCACUUCUUCCUCCCUGGGGGACAAAUCUGAGUAUCUAGAGAUGGAGGAAGGAGUGAAAGAGUCGCUGUGUGCGAAGGAGGAGAAGUGUCAGGGAAGGGGGGACGACAGCGAGACAGAUAAAAACAACUGCUCCAACGCGAAGGCUGUGGAGACCGACGUGUGAACGGCGCCCUCCACCAGCCAAGGCCCCCCCAGCAUCUCCAAAUAUAUUUAUGCAUAGACAGUGCAGUUAUGAAAAUGAAAUAUGCAAAUGAGUCCAAUGCAUACGGUAGUAUGCCAUUUAAUGGUAAUACAUGGCAUAAUUGUUACUAAACUUGUAUCACAUGUCAAAUAAAUGAAACAUCUUGGAGAAGAGGGAGGCUUAAAUAGGAGCAAAUCUAUCUUUAUAUUUUUUAUUAGAAUGCAAGAAUUUUGCACAUGAACUGGAAGAGAUGUUAAUAGUAAAGAUAGCUCCAUGGAGAGAGAGAGAGAGAGAGAGAGUGUGUGUGAGUGUAAGUGUGCGUGCCUGUGUGUGUAUGUGCAAGUAAAUUGUCAACCUUGUUGGUAACUGUGCAGUGACGGGACAAGUUGGCAUUCUGAAGUAUUUACUAUGUAAGAACUAAAGAAUUUGAGCAGUCACUUACCAGUGCUUUAAUAGCAUCUCUGAUGUCUUUGGAUUCUGUAGUUGUUUUUUAAACAUUGUAAGAGUUAUUGUGUACAAAAAAAGAGAAAGUAAAUUAUUUAACAGAAUAGAGGUCACAACUUUAUCUUGGAUUUAAUUAAAGUUUAUUUUUGACUGGAUAUUAACUUUAAAAAGGCUGCAGGGCCCUUGAGAAAUUGAUUAUAUUUUAUUAUUAAUUUUGGGAAGAAAUAACAACCAAUGCCUAACGUGACGAAGAAAUGAAACUGGAGAAGAUGUAACAGGUGACAGGACUGGAACUGUUUCCUUUGCACUAUUUAUAUGCUGAAGAGCGAGAGACUUCAUACUGUGAAUGUUUACUGAUGUAACAGUGCCAUGACAAUCUUGGGAAGAAUCAUUUCUUAGUCUUAUUUCCUUUGCUCUCUCCUUUUCUUUGUGUGAAACUGAUGACCACACAAGUAACAGCACACGAUUCUCUCCUAUUUUGAAAUCUAACUGAUAUACAAAGGGACUGUGAAGUAAAGCUUAGCAGCUGACUCUUGAAAUCGGUCUGUUACAGUGAUGCUUCAGAAACCAUACUAUUUUAAAUAUUCUUCUCCCUUUUGAGUCCAGAAUAACCUAACCAAAGUUAAUGCAUGCACUGAAAGAAUUCUUGAAGAAAUAAGAUGCCCGGCAGCUACAGUGAUUAUGGCUUAAGAUCUUUUUCUAUUAAAUGUGCAACACAAAUGCCAGAAUCAUUCAGUUUAUUUUUUUGUGUGUGCGCAGCUACAGAACAGCAGAAUGUGGAGAGUCACCUCUGAUUUCAGCAUUCUCUUUGCUAACGUGGAUGUAAGGAGGCGUUGUUUCAAAACCCCUGGUUUCCACAUCACCGUCAUUGCCGUCUUUAUUAAGGGAACUUAGGGCACACAUAAGAGCAUUUCAUUCACAGCAAGGUGUUUCAGAGUGUGAGGAAAAACUGGGAGUCCCCUUGCACUACUAAUCAAACA